AUGGCGCCGCCUAUUACUAAGAAACGGCGGGCUCCGCCGCAGCGCCGCGCGCCUGCGCUCGCCGCGUCGCCGUGGCCGCGCGCCGCGGUGGUGGCAGCGGUGGUGGUGGUGAUCGCAAUGGCCGGCGUUACGGGGGUGGUCGGCGGUCCGUUCCUGCAGGAGUCCCAAGUGCAAUUCCUGCGGGACUGCCAGGGCGCGUGGGGCAACCCCUCCAUGACGUGGUCGGACUACUCCGACUGGGACUGCAGGAUGCUCGAGUUCGUCUACUGCGACCGAAGCGGCAUGAUUGUUGCCCUGGAUAUUGUGAACAUGAACGUGGAAGGGCCCAUUCCCGAGUCCAUCAGCAGCCUCCACAAGCUCGAGUUCCUUGGGUUGUCACAGCGAGGCAUUAUCGGCCCAUUGCCAGAAGGCAUAGGAAGCCUUACUUCGCUUCAGAUCUUAGACUUGAGUCGCAACACCGGCAUUUCUGGGCCCAUGCCAACAAGCAUUCUCAAUCUCAACCGCCUCACCUACUUGAGCAUGAGGGGAUGCAACCUCCAGGGAUCCCUGCCUGCAGGCAUGGGUGCUAUGGCCAGUCUUGCGUACAUGGAUCUGUCGUACAACAGCCUCACAGGGCCCAUUCCAGAGUCCCUGGGAGACAUCGCCCCACUUACCUGGCUGGACCUGUCUCACAACAUGCUCUCAGGAUCCAUCCCUCCAUCCCUUGGCUCGUUGGGGAAUCUGGGGGUCAUGACCCUGAGCUUCAACCAACUGUCUGGUGACAUCCCUGCUGAGCUGGGCUCGCUUCUCAGCCUCUCAUACCUGCAGCUGAGUCAGAACGAGCUGAGUGGAAGCAUCCCAGAGAGUCUCUUUGCACUCGCGAAUCUCAACACGCUGGCUCUCAGCAUGAAUCAGCUCACUGGCACAAUCUCUGCACUCAGCAAGCUUGUCAACUUAGUGAGCCUGUCACUGGCGUCGAACCAUCUGUAUGGCUCCAUUCCCGCCAGCGUUGCCAACCUUGCUGGUGUAGUAACCUUUGAUCUCUCUCACAACAAUUUCACAGGCCCCAUGGUGAAGCCUGAUGGAGUGAACGCGGACCUAUCCAGCAACUACCUCUCAGGCACUCUGACUGAGCCACCCAGUGAUGUCUCGCUGGGAGCCAACUGCUUCACUGCGUCCCCUGCAGGGGCCACAUGGUUGGCGGAGCAGCGGCCUGAGGCAGCCUGCCGGGCGUUCUGUGGAAUCUCCAUUCGCUCUGCUGCUGCUGCCUGUGGCGGCAAUGGGAUGUGCUACCCUGACGGGCCUAGCUUGGCGCCCACCUGCUUGUGUGAUGCGGGGUUCGUUCAGUUUGCAAGCAUCUACUGCCUUGCGGAAGGCUCGGUCCUAACCUCCCCUGUGGACAGAGAAAUUCUCCCGCCAGCAACCGUGCUCAGUAAGGGAACGAUGAAGGAAACCAAGGGUGCGUUUACAGAAGACCCAGUGACCCUGUUCGUGUUUGAGAAAGGCCGGGAGGACGAAGGGUGCGGGUUCGAGCUGGGCUUUAGCGUCAACUUCACCUUUGCCCUUUCACCAAAAGGCAAGGCGGCUUCCAACGGCUUUGCGUUUGUCGUGUCGGCAACAAAUUCAGUGGGAACCAACGUUGGGGUUGGGUACGGGGGGGUGGACCCUCGCAGCAUGGCGAUCGAGUUUGACGUCCUUCAGACCAAGCCGCACGGCGACAUGAAAGAGCAGCACGUGGGGCUGAAUAUCAACGGGCAGGACAAGUCCAUUGCUGUUUUGAAGUCCCCAUUCCCGCUGGCCAACAAGCAGGCAUACACGGCAUGGGUGGACUACCAGCCUGGGCUUUCCGGCACCAUCCAGGUCUUCCUGGCAAAGGGGGCGGUGACGAGUGCAGGGAAGAGGGCAGGAAAGACGACAGUGGAACCAGAGAAGCCAGCCAAGCCGCUGCUGGAGAGGCGGCUGUAUCUGUGUGAGGUGCUGCGGCCAGAGAAGGGGGAGGAGGAGCAGCUGCAGGCGUUCUACUUUGGCUUUGUGGCGUCCACCACAGUCAAGCCGUUCAUGAGCCAAGUCAUUCACAAGUCUGCAAUGCACGCAGACAUUCCGCCACCACGGGCGCCAGUCGAUGUCACUCCAGCAUUCGGCCUGAGUGUCACAGUGGACACGUAUGCGCCGGCACGGGCAAGCCCUUUCCCGCGCUACGUGAAUGCGUGCUGGGCGUAUGCAGUGGUGGCGAGCAUAGAAGCAGCAUACGGCCUGGCAAUGAAUGCAGAGGCGCCGCAGCUGUCAGUGGACUCGCUCUUUGCAGCCAUGGGGCUCACCUCUCAACCCGACAAGUGCCCUGGUGAGGGCUCCCCAACAGAGGCCUUUGAGAAGCUGCUGUCUCUGCCGAAAGGGGGCGUCAGCCUGGUCGACAACCCGGGGAAGAAGUAUCCCAUCCAGGGAUUUGAGCGCACGUCCUUCAAGGGGUAUGUGGGGCUCAUGCUGGCAGUGCAGCGGCAGCCAGUGGUGGUUCACAUCGAAGCCUCUGCUGCCACGUUUACGAAAUAUGACGGGACGUUCAAGUACCAGGACCCUGCGUGCUACAGCGGCAACCUGAACCACGUGGUGCUUGUGGUGGGAUAUUUCAUUCUGAGAGAUGACGGCAGUCAGAGUCGCAUUGCCCCGCCGUUUUGGAUCAUCCGCAACUUGUGGGGCGAGGGCUGGGGAGACAGGGGCCACAUGCGCAUGGACAUUCAGGGAGGGGAUGGUGUGUGUGGCAUCAACGUGCUGCCUGGCAUCUACCCCAUUGUCAAGAUCCCAGGGGACCCAUGUGGUACCAAGAGCUACAAGGGCGAUGGUGACUUGCAGCCCAGCAUGAACCCGUGCGGUCGCUUCACCUGCACGCCCAACACCAAGACCAACGGCAACACCUGCGACUGCCGCCUCCCCUCUCUGGACAAGCAGCCCUUCGUGGAGGUUGCAAACGGCUAUGGCAACACAUGCGCCUAUGUGGACGUGUGCGGGUCGUACUUCAAGAACCCCUGCUACGUGGGCACAUGCAUCAACGAUGGCAAGGGCUCCUACUCCUGCAUCUGCCCUCCCAACCACGUCCCCAGCCGAACCAUCGAUGACUUCCCCACCUGCGACCCAGCCAGCGCAACAGUCGCGAGCCUGACAGUGAGCGGCGACAAGUGGACGUGCGCGGACGUGUAUGGCCUCGUGGGCCUCUCAGAAGCGCAGUUCACCCAGCAGAACCCGGAUAUCGUCUGUUCCCAGGCGUUGCCCAAAGAGGCGGUGCUCAAGAUUGCCGGCACUCCCGCCAUCCCCUGCACGGGAUUCUUCUACACCCUCAACGGUGACAAGUGUAACUCCAUCGCCUCCUCAAUGGGUAUAACCAAGGACGACCUCAUGGCUCUCAACCCAGGCCUCUCCUGCACGCAAGCCAUCAAACCCGGCCGCUCCCUCUGUGUGGAGCGCAACGCCAGCUAUGCCUACACAGUCCCCAAGUGUGUCAAGUACGCCACACUCACGGCGCAGGACACGUGUGGGAAACUGCUGGAGGGGGCAGGCAACCAGAAGGUUGAGCCCUCCUCUUGGGCUGAGCUCUACCGCAACAACCCCGGCCUUGUCUGCUCGGGUGCCAUCCCUAGCGGUGCCUCUGCUGUUGGCAGCAACACUGGUGUGCAGGUGUGCCUCAGGGCGGAGUACUGGUCGUUUGAGCUCGGCAGGUGCACCAACGGCCGGCAAAAGCCAGUGAAGCCGUCGCUGCCGUGUUCCGGUGCUUACCGCUUCUAUAGAAACACUGGCAUGAAGGUGGACGACGCGUUCGACUAUUACAACGGAGGGAGAUGCGCCGGAACGGUUGGAGGCGAUUACGUAUAG